CCCACAUAUGCAAAUGCGGUCGGAAACCGUAACAUCAAAAGGAACAGGGUUAAGCUUCCACCAAGAACUCAUGGUUUGCCAAAUGGAAAACCAAUGGUGUUUUUCUCCAAAGAAGAAAAUCAACUGCUGGCCCAAACCUACAAAUGGACCAUAGUUGGUUCCUCAACAUAUGGGUUGAUCAUGAAGAUUAUUUAACAGUGAUGCAAGAAGCUUGGGAAUCUCACCAAGAAGGAAAUCCCCUUCAUGUUCUUCAUCAAAAUCUCAAACUGGUGUGCGGAACAUUAAGUUGCUGGUCAAGAACUGCAUUUGGUGACUUCUAUGAGGAACCAAAGAGAUUAGAAAGUCUCAUCAAAACUCUUGAACAAGAUUUUAUCAAUAACAACACCCCUAAAAACAGGAUGGAACUAUCUAGAGCCAAAGCUGAAUAUACUAGAUUCCUAAAAAUUCAGGAAAAGGUGCUAAGUAAAAAGGCAAGAGUAAAAUCGCUUGAAGAAGGAGACACAAACUCUGCUUUUUUUCAUAGUGUGAUAAAAGACAAAAGAAAAAGAUUGUCCAUCCAAAAAAUUAAAGAUCAAGAUGGGAACUGGGUGGAGGGUACUACUCAAGUUGUAAAUGCUACAGUUAACUUUUCUCUAAACUCUUUAAAGCUAAAAUUAUUGAAGAAGACAGUUCAAUCCUAAAUGUGAUUGAGAAGCUGAUCACUAAUGAGGACAACACAACUUUGACAGCUAUGCCUACCUUGCAAGAAGUUAGAGACACUGUUUUUGCGAUUGGCCCAGAUAGUGCUCUAGGGCCAGAUGGAUUAAGUGGGAAAUUUUAUCAAUCGGCUUGGCCAAUCUUUGCAAGGGAUAUCCAUGCUGUAGUCACAUCUUUCUUUCAAGGUGCUUUCCUUCCAAAAAUUUUCUCUCAUACAUGCAUAGUUAUGCUUCUUAAAGUUAAUUCUCCACAAGAUUUUUCAGCUAUCAGACCCAUUAGUUUAUGCAAUACAUCUAGCAAGAUUUUUUCUAAGAUUAUUAAUUCUAGACUAUCUAAAAUCCUGCCUAGAAUUAUUAGUCAAAACCAAAGUGGCUUUGUCAAAGGGAGAGCAAUCUCUGAUAACAUCCCUUUAGCUCAGGAAAUUGUUAAUGAUAUUUUCAGGCCUAAUGUGGGUGGAAAUGUUGUUAUUAAAUUAGAUAUGUCCAAAGCUUAUGACAGAGUUUCUUGGCCUUUUUUGUGUUUUAUGCUAAGAAAAUUUGGAUUUGCUUAGUCUUGGAUUGAUUUGGUUUAUAAAUACAUCUCUAGUAAUUGA